AUGUCUGCCGCGCAGCUAUUGACAACGGAGGAGCUGCAAGCCGAUCCCGAGUCGGUCUUUGCUCUCCUCGAAAAGCUCGGCGAAGGAUCCUACGGGUCUGUCCAUCGAGCAAUGCACCGACGAACGUCGACAAUCGUGGCCAUCAAGAUAGUGCGAGUCGACAACGAUGAGGCCCCAGAGUCGAAUCAAACAGAGAUUAUGAUCAUGAACGGCAAUCAAUGCGAGCACCUUGUAGAGCUGUAUGGCAGCUAUCUGUUAGAAGACUCGUUAUGGAUCGUCAUGGAGUACUGCAGCGGGGCAUCUGCUCUGGACCUGAUGCGCGUCUGCAAGCGGAUGUUUAGCGAGGCGCAAAUCUCAGUUAUAUGUCGACAUGUUCUGGAGGGACUGGAUUACCUGCACGGAAAGCGAAAGAUACAUCGAGAUAUAAAGGCUGGGAACAUCUUGUUGACCGGAGACGGUGUUGCCAAGCUCGCCGAUUUUGGUGUUGCUGGACAGCUCUCGGACUCGGUCUCGAAGCGGAUCACGGUGAUCGGAACACCUUUCUGGAUGGCUCCCGAAAUCAUUCAGGAAGUCGGAUACGGCGUCAAGGCAGAUGUUUGGUCACUGGGAAUCACAUGUAUCGAAAUGGCAGAAGGCCGACCGCCCUAUCAUAAUAUCCAUCCUAUGAGAGCGAUAUUCAUGAUUCCUAUGAAACCACCGCCGACUCUCGAGGAUGAGUCCAAGUUCAGCCCUGUGUUUCGAGCCUUUAUUGCGAGGUGCCUGAUUAAGAAUCCGGCAGACCGGCCUUCCGCAAGGGAGCUCCUGGAGGUAAGCACCAAUCAAUGUCACAUCGAACGAAUAUGUUGGGAUGCAUGGCUUUGA